ACAGCCCGGCAGGGCGCGAGAUGGUUGACAUGACCGAAGUGCAGACAUGGCUGUUCACCAUUCGCAAAUGGUACCACGUGUACAUCUUCUGUACUGGGCUGAUUAUCUUUACACUGCUUGGUCUGCGCAUGGAGAUGGGUGUCUUCUAUGCCCUGCUGUCUACUAAUAAUAGUAACCAUGACCCAGGCACAGACUACACAACGGUUCUGCUCAAUAUCUCUAUUAUGAUAAUUCUGGCGGUGCUGAGUGCGUUCUGUGUAUUGGCCAAUGCGUUGCUCAUACAAGAGGAAUACCGCGGCCUCGGAUUCAUGGUCAUGCGCUUGUAA